CGCCAUUUUGUUCAGGCAGAUCCGCGGCCACCCCGGUCUACAAUAAUUUCCCAGCAUGCCUUGCUCCCUUCCUUUCCCUCCAUCUUUGUUCGUAGUGAAGGUGGACUCACCUGGAGAAGACUCAACAUGCCUGGAAGACUGUGGAGUAAGGCUAUCUUUACCGGCUAUAAGCGCGGUCUGAGGAACCAGCGCGAGCACACGGCGCUGCUGAAGGUGGAAGGUUGUUACACCAGAGACGAGGUGGAUUUCUACCUGGGCAAACGCUGCGCCUACGUCUACAAAGCCAAGAAGAACACCGUGACGCCCGGAGGGAAACCCAAUAAGACCCGGGUGAUCUGGGGGAAGGUGACCAGAGCUCACGGCAGCAGCGGGAUGGUCCGAGCCAAGUUCAGCAGCAACCUGCCGGCAAAGGCCAUCGGACACAGAGUCCGCGUGAUGCUGUAUCCGUCUCGAGUGUGACGAGGAAUCUUCUGCAGCUGACGUUUGUUUGUUUGUUUGUACAUAAACAAUAAAUCUGAUCAGGUCCAAA